CACUACCAUUUACACACGCGUAAUGCUUCUCUCUCAAACCCUCUCCACUUCCUCCAUGUGUCCCUCACUUUUUCCUCAUACUCACUAUUUUUACGCUCUCUCCUUUAAAACCAAAACACACCACCUUCACUUCCUCUCCAACACUCCCAUCUUCAUCAUCACAUUCUCUCUCAAUCAAUCUCUUCUCUAAUGUCUUCUUCUACCACCGCAGACCUCAAACAAAGAAACAUCACACCCGACCAAACCACCACCACAACAAACGACAGAAAUGGUACAAUUAGUCACAAAAGAGAUAAAAAAAUGAAGAUGGCCAAAGGUGGUCUUAGAUCACUCAUAAUAGCUGUUUCAUUUCCUCUAUCAAUAACCCUUUUAUCCAUUUACAUAUCCUCUUCUUUCACCUUCUCAAACCACAACAAAGAAGUAAUAACCGGUUCUAAAAAGCCUUUUUGGUUUCCACCAUCAUGGGCCUUACACCUUCUUUUACCUUCUUCAAGCUUCUUGAUGGGACUUUCAGCUUGGAUGGUGUGGGCUGCUGGUGGCUUUCAUAGAGAUCUAACUGCUCUUUUGCUUUACUUGCUUCAGAUUCUAUACACUGUCUUGUGGAACCCUCUUGUUUUUAGAUUUGGGGCAACGAGUUUUGGGUUGUUGGUUUGUUUUGGAAAUUUUGUGACUUUGUUUGGGUGUAUGCGUUUGUUUAAGAAAGUUAAUCCUGUUGCUGCUAAUUUGAUAAAGCCUUGUUUGGCUUUGAUUGCUUUUCUUUUCAUUGUAAAUCUUAAGCUCAUUUUUAUCUGAAAAUACAUGUUGUAGGCUUGUCUGUAGCUAGUAUACGAAUCUUGUAAUGGGAGGUAACAUAAACAGUCAGUUUCAUGUGUUGUGUUGUGUUGGAUACACCAGGUGUAAAUAAUAUGUAGAUUCCCACUAUUUUGUGUUGUUUUUUCUUUCUUUCUUGGCUUAGAUAUUUCAUACAACGUCCAAAUAUGAUUAGUGAGUGAUUUAGUGUAUGGCUUAAAAUUGAAUAAUGUAAAAAUAUUGCAUUUUUAUGCUUUUAUCACUUCCUUUGAGACUGAGAUUUGAACGACGCGUUUGUUUUUAAUGUAA